CUGAGAAUCUUUGUGCUAUUUACAGGAUGUGGUUCCAUCAGAUCGACCACAAGGGAGGACAGCGUUCUUUCUGCCGCGAUUCCCGCAGAAUCACAGCUGAAAGGUUAUUUCAGGGAGGUAUUCGACAUUUGUCACAAUUUCACUCUGUUCGUUCCGACCUCUCACGAAUGUGCCUCAGAAGAACUGACGUUUUUCGAGGACUACUUUUCAACGUUGCUGACGUCAAUUCCCGACAAGUGCUUUUUUACGAAGCGGUUCAGACGUUGCAAGCGCUACUAUGGCCAUUUCUACCAUUCGAUUAAAAACUGUUUGCUGUUUCUGUUGCACCCUGUGGGCGAUAUGGACCAGCAAGGUUCGUCAUCGUCAGCGUUUUCGAUAUCUCCUUCCAAUCAUCGUCUAUUGUAUGAGAAGCGUCGGGUGAUGAUCACGUACCUGUUAACUACGCCGAAGGGCAAGCUGUUGGUAGAAGCGUUCGUCGCCGCCGACCACUCUCACCUGGUUAUGCUGCAACGGGGCAUCGACGAACUGUCCUCGUUCUACUCUCAAGCGAACGAAGGCUGUGUGGCUACUACAAUGGACAAAUUUCGAAAGCACCUACUAAGUCUGAUCGAUGACGGUCAACUGUCAAAAUCGGGUCUCACCUCAGGAUCUUGGGCAUCGUCGACCAACUGCAGCAUAGCCGCCGCCGUGACCGAAAUUUUGGAAUUACGGCAAAGCUGGCUCGACGGCCUGCGCGAUGCAUGUUCCCGGCUGAAGAAGAAAGACAUGGAGCGCACCAAGUCCCUCUCUGAAAAAUCGACCAUUAUGACUUUUCUCGCAGCCGAACGGAGGAACGCCGUACGCAAGGAGUACAUCGCUUUCAAAAACGUGGCCAUCCGAUCGACCUUCGCCGCCAAUGACCAAUACAAGCAGCUGAAGGUUGAUCUGUGUCAUCCGUUUGCUAUCUUUCAUCGGAGCGCUGAUUGGCCUUCUAGCUGGUGUCUCGAUCCGACGGCCGGUGUCAACGGUGAACGGUUGAAAUUGAUGCCUUGCAAAAACGAAAUCGAACCCAAGUUCAUCGCUACAAAGAGGACUAGUUCACUGGAUACGGAUGAGCAGAAGCCUUUUCUGUGCGAUUUGCUGGACAAUUCAAACAGUGACACUAUCGGUUCGGACGACCAGAAUAUGUUGCAGUGUUACCUUGUGAAUAUCGAGGACAGAAUCCUGUUUUCUAGCACAUCAUCGCUGCUUCUUCUGUCUGUCCAGUUCGACGGCGAGAUACUGCUGGGAGAGACCAACGUUCACUUCUUCGGCAAGGCUGUUGUCCAGCCGAAGUGUGGUUCCGGUCCAGAUGGAGAUGCAAAACGCAAUUUCUCCGUCUUUUGGCGUUACGCGGACAUUUGCGAGCUGCACUGUCGAUACUUCCAGUUAAUUGACUGCGGACUAGAAACUGUAUUUGAAUGCAAGAUGAGCAUGGAAGGUACUGAUGAUCCGCACGUGUGCACAUCCCCAUGCAAAUACGUAUUUUCUGAUAGUAGGACGUCUGUAAAGGUGUUUGAGUCACUCAGCAAAGACCAUAGCUUAAUAGGGAACUUUGCGAAGCCAAUGGCCAUACAGGACCGGAAACUAGAAUCUCAUUACGUUCAUUUGUACAAGGCUUUGGAACAGGAAUGCCAAAAUUCGACUCGACAGCAUCUUGAGCCUCUUCUUGGGCCUUAUCACUACAGUUCUCAUUAUUCGAACAGCGGGGUCGUGCUGCAUUACCUUGUUCGACUACCGCCAUACACCAUGAUGUUUCUACGGUAUCAAGACAACAGCUUUGACAUUCCAGACAGAAUGUUUCACAGCAUAGAAACGGCAUGGCGAAUGGCCAGCUGUGAUUCGUUGUCUGACUUCAAAGAGCUGAUCCCUGAGUUCUUUUUCUUGCCAGAGUUCCUUCGCAAUUUCAUGCACCUGAAGCUGGGACAUCGACAGAACGGUGAAGUCGUUGACAGCGUCAUAUUACCUAAUUGGUGUCCAAAAAAUGAUCCCCGUUAUUUUGUCCUCAUCAACAGACAGGCACUUGAGAGUGCUUUCGUCAGCCGCCACCUGAACCUGUGGAUCGACCUGAUAUUCGGUUACAAACAGGUUGGUGAAGAAGCGAUCAACGCCAUUAACGUAUUUCAUCCAGCGACAUACCGCGAAACGCUUGUUCGCGCCGCCAGCUGCGACGAACUGCAGUUGAACGCUCUCAAGACUAUGGUCAAAAUGUACGGCCAAAUGCCGCAGCAACUGUUCAAGGUACCACACCCUCAACGUACUUUCAGCCCUGACCAUUACGUUCGAACUGGCUUGCAGUGGGGAAAUUAUGUUGGAUCGCCGGCAUGCGAAGACCCAGUCAUCACCUUUAAGGAGACCUGUGUUUAUCCACAGCCAUGUCAUCUGAUUCCGCUUCCGGAUAACACGUGUCUCGGGGUUCCGGCGUCGAGUUCGGUGUUGCUCACCUGCGGAAUAUUGAAAGACCGGUACCCGGUGUCCGCUGCUGUGCUCAAAUCUAUUGGACUAUUCAUGCUGAUUUGCGAAAGCCAUAAACUGCUGUUUAAGUACCUUUUCCCAGACCAGGAUCCAACGUGGUCGUCCGUCGCCUGUCUUCAUGAUUUCAACGUAAAUCCACCUUUCACACUGCUUUAA